AUAACACUGCCCCGUUGGUGCGACAAGGACGCCGCUAGAGAGUGAGAAAGAGAGAUAGAAGCGCUGGAGCAGCGCCGCCGCGCGGCUGCCGAGGGAAACAGCGGCCGGUGCAGAGCUCGGCACCACAGUCGUGCGUUUGCACUCAAUGCGGAUAGCGGAGAGCGAGGUUGUCCGUGUGUCAAAAACGAAAAACGAAACGAAGCAGCGCAGAAGAGUACCGAGUACUGUACAGAGGAGAAGAGAGAAAGAGGAGGCGCAGCAUACGUCGUUUCUCUCGAGCCUCCGUAGACACAUAAACAGGAGAGCAGCAGCAGAGGACCCGAUCAUACACAGUGAGAAAAACACACGUCCGCGAGCGUGUGCGCGUGUGCAUGUGUGUGUAUGUGCGUGCGUACACGCGCGAGUGAUACAUUGUCGUACAUUGAUAUUUUUCCCGCAACGCUUCGUCUCCCGCGAGUGCAUACAGUGUGUCUGUGCGCGGAGCGAAAGAGCGAGAGAGAGAGAGAGAGAGAGAGAGCCGUCAUCCCUCGAUCGACCGUAGCGGCGGCGAGCCACCCCCAGCAGUGUGUGCAGCGUUGAUUCUUCUUCCUCCUCCUCCGUCUCCGACAGUGCGGAGGAAAGUUUCGAGGCUCCGCACGAGAGCAGCGCUGACACCUCGCACAUACGCGCGCUAAAAAGCCGUGUAUUGAGAGUGAGAGAGAAGGAACGUGCCGCACGGUAAACAAACCGCGCCGUCGCAUACGUAUACGUAUACAGCCCCGCAGUCGUCGCGACAGCGAGCGAGAGAGAGAGAGAGAGAGAGAGAGAGAGGCAGUGUUGUAGAGCUAGCGUAAAAAGGCCGCGCUGCACGCAGUCGCAGUCGUCGCCAUCGAGCUGCUCGCCGGAUUUUUGAGCUCUCGUCGCAAAACACUGCGCCUAGGCUACGACGAGAGCGAGUCGUCUGCUUCUCGGCGGGACGAGCGAGUUCGAGGAAGAGGAGAGUGUUCUGUGCACGUGUCGACGUCGACGUCGUCUCCCCGGCUCGGUGUGCAGUGAGUGUUUGUCACGGGAUUGUUUUCUGUGCAUCGCGCUGUAAUAGAGGACUCGAGAGAGAGAGAGAGAGAGACAGAGAGCUGCAGCGCCCGCUCGACAGACAGACAACUGCUGCUGGGCUUCAUCACGCGGCGGCCGAACGCAUUUUAUGGUGUAUGUCGAGUACCGAGUAAAAGCGGACGCUCGAGCUCAGUGCGAUGUGGCUAAGCGGGGAGACCAGAUCAGGUGAUAAGCGCUUCUGACCACUCGUGCACGGACCCUAAUGCAAAGGGCCUCGCGAACAUCACGUCGAAGACAGAAGAGAGGAAGAGAGAGAGAGAGAGAGAGAGAGAGAGAGAGAGAGAGAGAGAGAGAGAGAGAGAGACGGAGGAAAGUGCGGAAGGCAUCGAGCUCAAAGGAUACGAGUACACAAAGCUAUAUCUAUGUAGAGCGUAAAUAGAGACAGGCAUACAGGGCACACACGUACACACUUCUACCUUGGAAAAAAUACCUCGAUAACCUACAAGUACCUUCAAAUAACUUACCUUCUAUCGCAGCGCAAUAGUGCCUACGCCCCCCGCUCCCGCAUAAUACCGUAUCGUGUACAACCCGCAAGUGAAGUCGGUGAGCAAGUGGAUGUACAAGGCGCGAAUAACCCAGCAACACACAGUUCAAAACUCGAAAGCCAGCGUUGUUAUACGAGCGAUCCUAGCGCGCAGCAGCGUUGAAACCGUAACCAGGAGAGAGUGUACCUGCAACAGAGAGAAGAGGCAAGAAUAUAUUUAUGAUAUUUAAGUCGUAAUAGCAUAGUUCGUUCAUCGGCUUUGCGGGAUAUACAGAAGAAGUGAAAGCUGCGCUAUUGAGUGUGUAUCGGCGAAUGCCAGUAGCAGCGCGUCGGCCUGGUCUGCAGCGAUAUCCACGACGACGUCAGCAGAAGACCACUACUACUUCUAUUCUGAAGCUGCUGCGGUCGACUUGGAGCCAGUGCCAUCAGCGUUGAAGCCAGUCGGCUAAGAAGAUAGAUCGACGAUCCGCGAGUGCGCGAGUGCGACUUGACUGAGAUACCGAAAAAUAAUCCAGAGGCGCUGGGUCGUCUCGGGUGUGUGUGCGGCGCAGUCGAGUCCCGCGCGUCACGGUGGCCAGCUUAGUGAGCGGCAACGUCGCGGUGCGUUACGAUGAGGCGUCGGCCGUCGUGGGGGCGGGAGCGCUCGUGCUGGCCCCCGCAUCCCGGCUAGUCGUGGCCCCCAACAGUGCCAACGUGCCGGCGGCGCACCCCCAGCACCCCCAGCACCACCAGCUCCAGCAGCAGCAGCAGCAGCAGCACCUACUUCAGCAGCAUCAGCAACAAGUGCUCGUCAUGGACACCAGUCAGCAGCAGCAGCAGCAGGACCCAGCGCUGGGCCUGGUCAAGGCCGAGGCACCGGAGCAGUCGCCGGCCUCGUCCGUCGGCUCGUCGUCGGGCAACGGUAACAGGCCCCCGCCGGCGGGCAACGGCAGCGGACUAUUCGCCGGCAUCGCCAGCAGCAACAAGCGCCCGAGGACCGACGACUGGCUGGCUCCGGAGUCGCCUCAGGGACCGCUGCAACCUCAGCAGCAGCAGCAGCAGCAGCAGCAGCAGCAACAACACAUCUACCUGUCGCCCCAGCAGCAGCAGCAGCAGCAGCAGCAGCAGCAGUCGAUGCACCAGCAGCCGCCCAUGGCCCACUCGACGCCCAUAACGCAGCAGCAGCAGCAGCAGCAGCAACAGCAAAGUGUCAUCGGCUCGCAGCCGCCAAGCAAUAACGGCUACGCCAGCCCCAUGAGCUCCGGCAGCUACGACCCGUACAGUCCCAACGGCAAAAUUGGAAGGGACGACCUGUCGCCGCCGAGCUCGCUGAACGGCUACAGCGCGGACAGCUGCGACGCGAAGAAGAAGAAGGGCCCGACGCCGCGGCAGCAGGAGGAGCUCUGCCUGGUCUGCGGCGAUCGGGCCUCCGGCUACCACUACAACGCCCUCACGUGCGAGGGCUGCAAGGGCUUCUUCAGGCGCAGCAUCACCAAGAACGCCGUCUACCAGUGCAAGUACGGCAACAACUGCGAGAUCGACAUGUACAUGAGGCGCAAGUGCCAGGAGUGCAGGCUCAAAAAGUGCCUCCACGUCGGCAUGCGGCCCGAGUGCGUCGUCCCGGAGUUCCAGUGCGCCGUCAAGCGCAAGGAGAAGAAGGCCCAGAAGGUGAGAAUAUCUCCGUGUGAGAAGGACAAACCGAACAGCACGACGAUGAACGGUGGUUCGCCAGGGGGCAUCGGCCCGGCCGAGCAGAUGGGAGUGAAGAUGGAGCCGGCCGAGGUCGACUACUCGAUGUCCGGCAACAGCGGCACCGUCGCCUCCAUAGGCUCGCUCAACGGCCUCAACUACGUCAGUCCCGAGCAGGAGGAGCUCAUCAACAGGCUCGUCUACUUCCAGGACGAGUACGAGCAGCCCAACGAGGAGGACGUCCGGAGGAUCACGAAUCAAUCGACGGAGAACGAGGACCCGAGCGACGUGAGGUUCAGGCACAUCACCGAGAUCACGAUACUGACGGUGCAGCUGAUCGUCGAGUUCGCCAAGAGGCUACCGGGCUUCGACGAGCUCCGGCACGAGGACAAGAUCGUCCUGCUGAAGGCCUGCUCGAGCGAGGUCAUGAUCCUGAGGAUGGCGCGCAAGUACGACUACCAGACGGACAGCAUAAUCUUCGCCAACAACCAGCCGUACUCGCGCGACAGCUACACCCUCGCCGGCAUCGGCAACAUCAUCGACGACCUGCUGCACUUCGGCCGGCUCAUGUACUCGAUGAAGGUCAACAACGCCGAGUACGCCCUGCUCACCGCCAUCGUCAUGUUUUCAGAGAGGCCCAACGUGUCCGAGGGCUGGAAGGUCGAGAAGAUCCAGGAGAUCUACUUGGACGCCCUGAAGGCCUACGUGGAGAGCAGGCGGAAGCCCAAGGCGAGCGCCAUGUUCGCCAAGCUCCUCUCCGUUCUCACCGAGCUGCGCACCCUCGGCAACCAGAACAGCGAGACCUGCUCGAACCUCAAGCUCAAGAAGAAGAAGCUGCCGCCGUUGCUCGCCGAGAUCUGGGACGUGGCCUCCUAGUCGCCCGGCGCUCGACAAAGACAACAAGCACCACGACGACAACAAUUGCGGGAAAAAGCCAGCAGCGAGCCACCGGCCAGCGUCGUCGAUCAGCAGCAGCAGCAGCGAGUUCGCGUCGUCGCCGUGCUCGCCGAGCGUGACUUUUUUACUAGUGCACCACUAUGCCACUGCCUCUCGAUCGUCCUCGUCAAUAUAGAUACCGAUCGCCCAGCGAAACUCGUGCGCUUGACUCUGUCAUUGACGAUGACAACCGACGAACAACAACACUAACUGCUUACUACCACUACUACUACUACCACUGUUCUUAAUUAAUACAUACUGUUACUGCAUUGUACUAAUGUACUCUUCUGAUUAUUCGUCAUCUUUAUCUUCUUCUUCUUCUUCUUCUUCUUCUUCUUCUUCUUCUUUGUCUAUGUAUCCUUCUCUGCUGCGAUGACACGAUGUGUGUACCGUCUGCGCCGAUUUGUGACCGUUGUUAUCGGUUUUCCCCUUGUUUCGUACACGGCCCUACUGUUCUUAUUCGUGAAAAGGAAAAACCUAAAUAGAUGCAGCUUCGUUCGUUUGACGACCGAUUUCCCCGCCCUAUCGAUACACUUGACGCUCACGAAACACGAGGGAGAAUCUAUUGUUAAGAGAGAAAGAGAGAGAGAAGGAGAUAGAAAACGCAUAAGAAGGGAAAAAAUAUAAGCUUAGAUAAGCGAAAGGACGUAAAAGGCAGUGGCGAAGGCACCCAGGCUGUGAUACGUAGAGACAGUACAGAGACUAUAUAAAGAACUACCUACACUUAUAUAUUAUGAAAACAAAUUAUAUAUAUAAAAAUAUAUAUAUAUAUAUAUGAAUCUAUAUUAUACAUAUAUAAAAGAAGUUUAUCCUGACGGAUAGCCCUGAUAUCGAUACAUAAAUGUAAUGUAUAGGUGUAAGGCAUACGUAGUGCGGAUGUGCGUCUACUGUGUGAGUGUGACUGACCGUAGUGUGAGUAAGAAUGCUAUAUACAAGACGUACGUGCGAAUGGGAGCGAAGAAGCGUGUCAGCGGCGCGUGCGAGGUUUCAAGAGACUACACGAGCACUUGGCACUGUUGAGCAGCUGCCUUGAGAAGCGUAAGUCACGAAAAAUAUGAGCGCGAUAUAAUUCGAUAUAAUGCAUAAUGAAUACGAUAGAGUCUAUAUCACACACAUAGCAUAAUAAUGUGUUGCUAGCAUGUAUGUACGGUGUUUAUAUGAGCGAGCGAGAGAAAGCGCGCACACGAGAGUUUGAGAACUGCUUUUGUGAGAAUGGCAAUCGAGCGUGUUUUUCCGAGAAGCUAUAUAACACAAAAAUCGUCGCGGAACAAAUAAUGAAGUUUGCUAACGAACGUUCUAGAGAGAGGGAUGCAUCUGCUGAUCUGCGGGAAGUUUAUAGAGCGAAACAGAGGGAGAAUAACGUAGGUUGUAGUCAGUCAGCUUAGGAUAGGUGACCGAGUUCAAGUGCAAAGCCCUGUGCCUUCAGCAGCGGACAUCGGCUCACCAACAAAACGAAAAAAAAUAUGAAAUUUAACCGUCCGUUUUAAUUUUGUAAUAAAAUCAACAAAAGCGUAUAAUAAUGUAAAAAUCUGAGAUGAAGUUCAUAAGAUAAGGUUUAUUAUUAGGGAGGCGAGGAAGGCGGCGAAAAGGAGGACGAAGGUAGCAAGGUAGACAAAAAAUUAAAAACAAACCAGUAGAUGAGCAAACUAGAGCAAGCAAGUGUGACGUGUAAUUGAAGAAUGGCGAACGAGCGUAAAAAGCUAUGUGCAAGAACGGAUAUAGAGGGAAUGCACGCAAUUUUCAAUGCAAUCCGUAACGAAUGAAGCGGCGAGAAACUGAGUGCGUGUGAGUGCGUGUGCUUUCGAAGAUCGUAUUAAAUACUAAGUAAGGAUGCGAAAGGACAAAUUUGAAUCGACGCAGUAUGCUAGCGUAUUUUACAAAAUAAAAAAAGAUUUAAAAGAACGGAACAUCGUAAAAUCUACACGAGACGACAACGAUAGAGCAGUUUUAAUCGACGGUGUCGUGAAUUCGGUGCGGUUUUGAGCCCGGGAGUUUUCGGGCGCGAAAGGGAAUCGCGACGAAGCGAAGAUCGUAUAUAAGACAAAUGAUAUGAACACACACACAUAUACUUCUUUGAAACGCUGACAUUUACACACACACACACACACACACACCACUCACAUACAAACACCGAAACGCGCUUAUGAAGCACACGAAUAAAUUUUGAGGGGAAAAAAAUUGUAAUUUGAAGGUGCGCGCAAACUAUGUAAGAUUUUCGAUGUUGUACUUCUGUAAUUCUAUGCUGUUAAAACUGAUCUUACGGUUAUAUUCCAUAGUAUAUACGAUUUCUUACAGUUUCAAAUCGCGUACAUACGGCCGUAUUAUACACAGACUACGCGCUUGUGUAAUUUUUCGUGUUCCACGUGCAACUUUGAAAGGCAAGGAGUUAUGAAUUUCAGAGUCAAUAUUUCGGUUUUUAGUCGUCUUUUUGACGUACGUAAGAUAAAAGUAAUUGUUUUUCUUUUUUUUUCUUUUUAAACUCGAGGGACUAGAGGCGCAAUAUUUCGAACGAAAGAAAUCGUAUAUUUAAAAUAAGACUGCGUGAGCGUGUAUUUGACUGCAAAAAAUAUAAGCGCUUGGAUUCUCAAUUGUGGUGAGGGCCUUCGAGCGAGGCGUAUCCCACUGGACGCCGGUGUUGAAAAUUCGAUGCAUAUAUUGUCCUUAUGUAGUGCAAGAAAAUUUUAAAAUUAAGUCCGCGAAAGGGACACUUCGUAUAGAUAAAGUAACACACAAAUUAGAAAAUUAUUAUGAAAGCAUACACCUUUUCACACAUACAAACACGAACAGACACCGAAAAUUUACGCGGGAAAAAUCUCGUCGUGCGAGAAUCAUGGAAACCAAACUAUCGACACAGAGAUACAAAAGACAAAAGACAACACCGUUUCUUAUAAACGUUAUAUAUUUACGUGUUAUGUUGUAAUAUAACAUAUAAGUGCGGCAUGUCAUUUUACAUAGGAUUUUUGCUACCGUCGCCGUUCGGCGGUCGGGAUUCUCUCGAGCGAUCAUGUUCGAUACAAACUUACAAAAAAGAUAUAUAUAUAAAUAAAUGAUAUAUUUAAAUAGUGAAACGCAAGCAUAAAACAAUAGACGAGAAGACGUACUUUACCAGGCGAAAAGCGACGCAAGCUGACCGAGAGCUAUUAGAGACGCGACAAGAAAGUAAAAAAAAGUCGUAGACAACAGAAAACAAAUAGCUAUUACAAAGUUUAGACAUAGUCAACCUCCGAACGACGGGGUAGCGGUUGACGUCCGUCGCUCCUCGGCUUUUUGACAAAGUUACGUUUAACAAAGAACGAGAAAUUGAAAAGUAUGUAGAAAAAAAAGUAAACUAAACUACGUAACGCCACAAGGCAGACACUGCCACGCCGCGGAGUGAACGCGCGAGAUAAACAAACAAAAAUAGAUAAAAAUAUAUCGCGAACGUCAUUGUUCAAACGAGAGAGAAAGAGAGAAUGAAGCUUUCCUUAACUUGUAGCGCGAAUCUUCCGCGAUAUACACGCAUGAGAAGGGAAGGGAAAAAUCACUUUGGAUGUACGAGCAGAAAGAAAUGUCGCCGGAGGAGCGUAUAAAUUCAUACUUUCGAAGAUAAACGCCCCAUGUAUAAGCGAACGGUUCGAAAUGCGUUGAAGACGGCAAACAUGUAUUGCAAAAGCCAAGAAACAUUACCGAACGCAUUAUUAGAGAGAGAGACAUACACACACACACACAUGAUAGAAAAACGAAGUUACAUCGCCACCUGACAUGCUUGAUUUUAACAUUGCGUUCGUAUCGUCCAGCGAAGUGCCGAAGAACGUAACGCGCUCGCACGAGGCUCGCACUGCACGCCUGAGAUGACUUAUUAUUAUAAUAUUAUUAUUACUACUAGUUAUUAUUAUAAUUAUUUUUAUUAUUAUAAUUAUUAUUAAUAUUAUUAUUAUUAUAGUAAUUUUAUUAUUAUUAUUGUAAAUGAUAUAAUUCUUUUUUAAAAAACGAAUUUGCCCGUUAUCAAUUGUACAUUAUCGAUAAUAUAUUUUCUAUUAUUCUUUAA